CACGCUACGAAACGCUCUUCGUGCCACUACCGAAGGGUCGAGCUCACUAUUCUGCGUAGAAACGACGUGAUGGCGAAGCUCACGAAUGCGGCUUGCGGUCGCACAUCUGCGUGGCCGGACUUUGAUACUCGCCCAGAGUUGCGAACGCUACGAGGGCGAUUCAUGCGACGCUUCGAUCUCUUCAUUCUCUACGGUCUCUGGGUCGUCGGCCUCCUGUUUCUCGCAGUAAUGUGGGUCUUCUCACUCUUCUGUUUGGUGCAAUGGAGUUGGAGACGAGCUACACACGACCAUGCUCCUCCGAUGGCAUUUUCAGCCCAGAUAUACCUGGGUUUCAUCGUGCUGCACGAAAGCUACCACUACCUCACAAAACCUUCGUUGCAUCAGUGGCCAUUUAUGAGACGUUUUUUUCGACAAGUUUUUCUUCAUUACCCAUACUUCCGCCUCAACGUCUUGGUUUUUGAAGAGCGUUCGAAAACUUCAAGUGAAAAUGGCAAAUGCAACAAAGAAAUUGCCAGCAAGGCCGUUGAAGAGAACAAUCUGUCGCCAUUCGUGACCCCCGAUGAUCGCGCUCUAUUUGCCUUCCAUCCGCACGGUGUCCUCUCCAGUGGAUUCGCCUUCAACGGCGCGCACCACAUGGGAUUCUUGCAUGCCCAUUGUCGCUGGCUCGUAUCGGAGAAUCUCUUCUGGUUCCCCGUCAUGCGCGACCUGUUGAACUGGAUGGACUUCAGUUGCGUAUCUCGAUCGACUUUCCAUCGUUUCAUGGCCACAGGUCAAAAUGUGUGUUUGAUCCCUGGCGGCUUCGAAGACGCAACACUCUACGAACGAGGCAAACAUCGUGUGUACAUCAAGAAACGCUUUGGCUUUAUCAAGUUGGCUUUGCAGUAUGGGUACAAGGUGCACCCAGUGUACACGUUCGGGGAGGAGUACGCUUAUCACACCUUUCCUUAUCUGCUCAAGUUGCGUCUCAAGCUGAACGAGUUCAAGAUUCCUGGAGUCUUUUUCUUCGGUCUUCCGCAUUGUUUCUUUCUGCCUCGCACCGACGUGGACCUUAUCACUGUCGUUGGAGAACCCUUGGUCCUGCCGCGUAUCGAACAACCGACCAAGGAAGACGUGCAGAAAUACCAUGGUCAGUACGUCGAGGCUCUGCAAAAGCUGUUCAACAAGUACAAGUCUGUGUACGCAGUCGACCCAGACGCUGAACUUGAAUUAUACUGA